UCGAGUCUAGAAAACUCUGCUGAUCCGCGCGCUCGAUUUCGCGGUGAAGCCUUCGCGACUCCUCGUCUCCAACUGGCCAUCCAGAACAAGCAGGAGACAACCAGCCCUGGACCCUUCACGACGCAUCCAACUAGCUAUAAAAUGCAAUGGUCAUCUAGCCAGAACUCACCAAAUUCGACGCGAGGAAUCGAAGCAGCAACAGCAAACUAACAGCAGCAGCAGCAUCAACUUCGUUCAGGUUCGGCCUCAGGCUUUCAGCUAACUCGAUCUGCCAUGUCGCUGGUGCGGGGAAGCGGCAACGUGUUCGACCCGCUGUCGCUGGACUUCUGGGCGUCGGCGGACCCGCUCGGCGUCGUCCGGCCGCUGGCGGAGCAGUGCCCCGUGCUCACCAACGUGCGCGUGGACUGGAAGGAGACCCCCGCCGCGCACGUGCUCAGGGCCGACCUGCCGGGCGUCGGCAAGGACGCCGCCAGGGUCGAGGUGGAGGACGGCGGCGUGCUCGUCAUCAGCGGCGAGCGCGCCAGGGAGGAGCCCGGCGAGGGCGAGGCGUGGCGCCUCGUCGAGCGCAGCAGCGGCAGGUUCCAGCGCCGCUUCCGCCUCCCGCGCGGCGCCAGGCUGGACCAGGUACGCGCAGCCAUGGAGGACGGCGUGCUCACCGUCACCGUGCCCAAGGACGAGGCCAAGAAGCCGCAGGUCAAGACCGUCCAGAUCUCGGGCUGAUCCGUCACCGUGUCAACUCGUUGGACGGCAAUGAACGAUGCUUCAGUACGGGCCUCCGGUGAUGAUCAUCAACUAGUUCGGUGUGUCGUCUCAUGUAGGCAUGUAGUACUCCUAGUAGAUUUGUCGUGCACUUGUGUGUUUGUUGCAUGCGUCCUGUGUACUAUGAUACAUGGAUACGCAUAAAAGUCUGUACAACGUCAAGCUGCUAACGGUUUGGAUCCUAACCGGGGUCGAGUGGUUUGGUUUUGCA